UACAUCGGAACUGGCCUAUUCCGGUGUCCCGCCAACACAUAUUAAUUCGUCGUCCCUACGUAGUACUCAUCAGUUCAUUCACACAUUUCAUCCUUCAACGAAUUCGUGUGUCUGAUGAUCAUUCGGUGGCUAUCGGACCAGUUGUACCUUGUUAUCGGCUCAUGUGGGUGGGUCUGGAGUACUUCUGAAUCAUUUUUGAGGACUUUAGAAUCGGAAAAAAACGUGGAACAUCCGCUGAUCAGCAGAAACAUUUGGUGAAUAAAUCAGUUCAAUACUCGAAUUUGGUUAAAGUCCAAUAUCGAGUUGUGAAGUUAUUUCGGGCGUUUGUUUUUGUUUGGAGUGUUGUCGAGGACUCGGGAAAGAGGGUCGAUUCUUGGGAGGGGGUUAUUGGCUCCCGUGGGGAUGUCAGGAAUAUUGUUGACAAUUGGAUAAUUUAUUUUGAGCUUUUUCACGGAUGUUAAAGGUGAUUUGAGGGAUUGUGAGGGGACAUGGCCUCGAUAUCACUCCCGAGGGUUCUGCAGCAGAGGAAGACAUCUCUGGACCUUCAACGUGAGCACUUUGAGAAAUUUCAGUAAUUCGCAUGUGGAUCUAACAGCCGACUAACAAUGACCUGUUGAAUUUUCAAACAGAUCUAAAACCUCACCACGACUUGGAUGACCAAUCUCUAUCGAUUCCACGAUUGAUUGGUUCGACUGCAAAUUUCUAUGAGACUAACGUAAUUGUUGAAGAUUUGUAUUGUCCUUGGGAAAUAUUGGGGUAUUUAUAGCCACUAACCAUGAACAGUGUUCCACCGGCCUCCGGUAAAAUGCUCCAACAACAGAGCAUUGCCAUCUCCAAGGCUGUCAAUCCCACUGAGACACCCGUUAAGGAGAAACAUGUGCGCAGCGCCAUAAUCGGGACAUACCAAGAGAAAAGUGGUACUGUAUUCUGGACAUUUGUCCUGCGUCAGCCCCUGCAGGAGAACCGAAUCGUCGCAUGGAAAUUCUGUCAUGUUCUUCACAAAGUCCUGAGGGAGGGCCAUCCCCGGGUGAUUCCAGACUCCCAGCGUCACAAGAAGAGGCUCGAGGACCUUGGGAAGUUGUGGCAACAUCUACGAGAGGGCUAUGGCAAACUCAUCCACCUGUACAUUCGUCUGUUGAUCACAAAACUAGAAUUUCAUAAUCGAAAUCCAGGGCUACCUGGGAAUCUCCAAGUGACGACAGAAGAGUUGGAGGCGAUCGGUGAAAACGACAUCAACAUUUACUUCCAGAUGUCCGUGGAGAUGUUCGAUUAUAUGGACGAUAUACUGAGCCUCCAGAGAGCAGUCUUUGGCUCCCUCGACCUGUCAAGAUCAAAUUCAAUGACUCCAUGUGGACAGUGUCGACUAGCACCACUGAUACCUUGCAUUCAGGAUGCCUCACAGCUCUACGAUUACUGUGUAAAAAUUCUCUUCAAACUUCAUGGGGCUCUACCUGCUGAUACGUUGCUGGGACACAGGGAUAGAUUCUCCAAGCAGUUCCACGAGCUCAAGACUUUUUAUAAUACUAUUAAACACAUGCAGUACUUUAAGCAUCUCAUCACCAUACCUGGAUUGCCCGAGAAUCCACCAAACUUUUUGAUACAAUCAGAAUUAAGGACCUACGUUACACCAGUCGUUGUUCUACCUCAGGAAGAUCCAAUUGAUAAUGAAAGUACUGUUGACAGUCUUAUUGAUACAUCAGAUACAACGUCCAUAACUGGAGAUCAGUUUGACUCGGCUGGAAAUGGAACUAUUUCUCCAGAGAGUCGUCACGAAAGAGAGCAUUAUUAUGCACAAGAAGCAAUGAUCGAAGAGCACGAGAGACAGAGAGAAGAAUUACAGUUCUUAAUUCGCGAACAUCAGAGGCUGGUUGAGGAUAUGAAGCAACAUAUGAGAAAAGUAGAUCCCGAAAUUGCUCUUAAGGACCAGGAAUUGAUGAAACAACGACACCUCAAUGAUGCGUUAGGCAAACAAAGUGCUGAGUUAAUUCUGAAAGUUAAUGAACUAGAAGAAAAAAAUCGUUUACUGGAUGAGAAGUUUCAAAAGCUGAAGGAAGUUUAUUCCAAACUUCGUGAAGAACAUAUCAAUUUGAUACGAAAGAAAGCAGAAGUGGAUAAACUCCUGGGAUCCACGCGUCUCUCCUUGGAGCAGUCGGAUCGUCGAGCCCAGGAAGUGAACCUGCGCCUGGAGGAACUUCUCCAGGGUCAAGCGACGGCCUCUCAGGAAGCAGAACGAGUUGCCCAAGCUCGCUCUGAACUCGUGGAGGUCCAAACCCAGUUUGACCAGCUGAAGAACGAGAACAUCGCCCUCCUAGCGAAGAUUGAUUUCAUCUCCUCAGAGAAAUCCGUAGCUGAGGGUGACCUCCAUGAUCUUCUGUCACAGAAGGAGGAACUUGAUACAAGAAUAGCUGAGCUCAAUGCAGACCUUGAGAAGACAAGAAUUCAAUCUAAGAAAGAUUCAGACUCGUCUCUAAUCGAGUUGAUCUUGAAUUCCAUUUCGUCAGCGGAGCAACUCCUGGUGACGGCCUCCAUUACUAUCGAGAGUCCCUCCAUUGCGGCCUUGACGUGCACUCCGGACUACCUGGAAACCCAGAAACAUCCAGCCUUGCAAGCCCUCUCAGAUCUGGAUAAGAGCUACAAGAUUUAUCAGGAAAAAUUGACAGAUGGAAAACAACUGAUCAAAGCCUCUAUGAAUUCUGCUUAUCAUCUCUCUCUGUACCUCAUCCACGCUAAAUCCACGUCCAACACCUCCACCGACAUCACGAUGGAUGAUAAAUUAACUGAAGAAUGUAAAAAACUGUCGACAGCUUCGAUUUCACUUCUUCAAAUGAUCAAGAACAAGUCGGAAGCGACUGAGGAUCAGUUCAAUGUGAUCAGGGAUCAACUGGACGUUAUCUCCGGACUAGCUAGUGGCCUUGCUAAGGCUCGGGGGGAUGUGGAGAGGAUCGGCGAUAUGGUGGAGAGCGAAUUGCAGGGAAUGGACAAAGCCAUAGAGGAAGCCGCAGCAAAAAUCCAGGAGAUGUUGAGUAAAUCUCGAGCUGGUGACUCUGGACUAAAACUGGAAGUGAACGAAAAAAUUCUGGACUCCUGUACUGAGCUGAUGUCGUGUAUCAGAAAGUUGGUGAAAAAGUCUAGACUCCUGCAGACUGAGAUCGUUGCUCAGGGAAAGGGAACGGCCUCUGCCAAAGAAUUUUACAAACGAAAUCACCAGUGGUCUGAGGGCUUGAUUUCCGCUGCUAAAGCUAUUGGUAUGGGCGCCAAGUUUCUUCUGGAAGCGGCUGACAAGGUCGUUGGUGGUGAUGGGAAGUUUGAGCAGUUGGUGGUGGCAUCGCAGGGAAUUGCUGCCUCUACUGCACAGCUGGUGGUGGCUAGCAGAGUCAAAGCUGAAAGGAACUCGACAAAUCUUGGGGGAUUGACUCAGGCCAGUAGAGAAGUGACUCAGGCCACUGCUGGAGUUGUGGCAACAGCUAAGAGCUGCAGUCAAAUGGUAGAGGAGAGCGAGGAUCUGGAUAUGGCGGGGCUGAAUCUUCAUCAGGCCAAACGAUUGGAGAUGGAGGCGCAGGUGAGAGUGCUGGAGCUCGAGCAAGCACUGGAGACAGAGCGACUCAAACUCGCUGCCUUGAGGAGGAGACAUUAUCAGUUGGCUGGGGAUAUGUAAAGGUUGGGUUAUUAAAGAGUGGGUUCAUGUUAUGAUAUGGGAAAAAGAGGAAAACGAAGGGGAGAUGGAGAUGUGGAAGAUAAUUUUGUUGAAAAAAUGCUAUCGAUUUUCUGGUGAAAAUUCUGUCAGGUUUUCGAAGGGAAAUUCUGUUGAGUAAAUAUUUCACAGGGAAAGCAAUAGAUUUUGAUUUUAUUAUACGGCUAUAUUGUGAGUUGGUAAACUAGGGUGCGCUGAUUUUUGUUCCAAAAGUUUGGCUUUCGCUCAUCCACUCAUUGAUGAGACCUAAGUUAAUAGAAAAGCGAAUUUUUGCGGAAAAUGCGCUCAUCUCAGUUUAUCAAUUAGAGAAUUUAUCCUAAUGAGAUGUUAUUGAAAAAAAAGAGAAGUAAAGUCGAUUCGAGCCAUUUUACAAUUUUUCUACUGAAUAAUUCAGUACCAAAGUGGUAAAAUGAGGUAAAUUGAUUUAUCUCUGAGUCCAGUUUUGGAGCGAUAUCUCCGAAUCUAAGCGAGAUAGCGAAAUUUUUGUCAUAACAUUUGUUGCAACUCUCAAUUGUCUCCCGAAAAAAGGGUAUGAUGAAAAUGUUGUUACCUCCCCUAGAUUGCGAGAUACUCAUCAAAAACUGGUCAAGAGUCAGAAGUGACUUAUUUCGCUACUGAAUUCAUGUGGAGAAAUUUGAGCAGAAAACGUCUCAAUAAAAAAAGUGGUAUAAUAAGAUUAACUUCUAUUGAUUUUUUCUGUCAAAUAGUUUCGCCAAGAUAUUAGUAGAUUUUUUCUCCUGCCCAGUGAUCAGUAAAAAAUCUUCUGAUAUUUCUGAAAAUGCGGAGAUACAUUUCAUAUUAACACAUAAAUCCAGGGAAAAUGUACAUUUGAUUUAAAUAACAUUCAACUCAAAGUUGUGUUAUUUAAACCAAAUCAGUGGGACUCGAAUGAUUAUAAUGAACAUUUAUUUGAUAUUAUUCAAUUCGGAAUUGAUGUUUCUGUGGGUUUAAUUGUGUGAUUAUUGAGCAAAUGAAUUCCGAGGAAAAUGUAAAAAUUUGUUAUGGAGAAUUUUGAGAGCCGCAAAGAAUUUUUUUUGUAAAAUUGAGAGAACGAUUUGUGAAAUCAUCAGGUAUUCGAUGAUUACCAGGAAACAAAUGGAUUAUUUACAAAAAAUGAUAUAGCAAUGGCCUUUUGCCUGAAAUGUUUUUUUUCUCCAAUAAUUUAACGAACGAUUGUUUUGUAAAAUCACUCAUUCAAAUGAUAUCUCAGUAGCAGAGUGUCAGAACUUUUGAAGUUUAAUUUAGCUUUCACUUGAAUGGUCGAUGAUUAUCAUUAAAUACAGGAUAAAUAAUCUAAUUGUCGUUAUUACCUUUUUCGGAGAAGUGAUCAAUUGUGAAAGUUGACUUCAGCUGUCUUACCUCUUCGCUACUGAUUUGCAAUUGAAUGGAUCAUUAAAUUCACAUGAAUAAUUCCAUUAUGGCCAGCUCAAUACAUCGACGAAAGCCAAAGAUCUUCUUCGAUUAUUGAAACAGUUGUUUAUCAUUUAUAUCGAUAUUUUUUUUCUAUAAGCAUGAAAUUGUUGGCGGAUCCAUUAAACAAAAAAUGUGCGGAACCAAAUUUUCACCAAAAGUAUUUGAAUUUAGCCUCAAAAAUUGAAGAUGAUUUUUGUAAUUUUCUAGAUUUCUUUUGUAUUUAAAUUACUGUAAAAUUGUCCAUGAUCAUCAAUCAGGAUGAAGAUAAGGAUUAUCAAAAAUUGUCUAAGAAUUUUUCUAUGAAAAUAUGAAAAUUACUCUCUUCAUUUAUUUACGUUAAUUAAAAAACGUCUGGAAGCUCGUAGUAAUCUAAAGAUAAAGUAUUACUUUAACAAACUAAAACUAAUUUAUUCACUAAUCGAUCAUGAUUUUGUAGUGAAAUGAUAAAACGUAAUGAGUCAUGUUUUUUUAACACAGGAAUAUCUCGAAAACUGUUGAGUUCAAAAGAUAAAUGGCAAGGCCUAUUAAGUACCAAGAAAAAUAUCGAGAAAAUUCGAUAUUCUCUUUUAGAAUAAAACAGAAACGUGAUGAGGAUAGAUUCCUAACUACGUAAUUCUCUCAGAAAUGAUUAAGUUUAGAGAAAAUAUUGGACCAAUUUGUUGGAAACAAAAUUGCCGUCACAAAAGUCUUCUGAGAUUCCGAUUUUGGUCUAUUACAAUUUAUCAUUUCGAUAUUGAAUCAAUUUGUAAGAAAAAAAAAACCACGAAAAUCAACAAAAAAUGUAGUCUAUCGAAUGAUUAUUAAUCGUAGAAAAUUCUCUAAUUUUUUACUCUAGAUUUCAUAUUUAUUGUAUUUACCAGUGAUUAAUUCCUCUUUUGCUAAUUACCAUUAUUACUAUUAUUUUUAAUUACUGUAGAGAAUCAAAUUUACCUGUAAAGUCUUGUUAUUGAUUAAUAAUAUAAGAAGUUUUCAUUGAUUGAAAAAAACAAUGAAAAAUAAUUCAAUUACCCCCUCCUCUCUACCGAUUAAUAUUAUGACCAUGAAAACAUGAAAUCGACUAAAGAAAGUGUUUUUCUUAAUUCUUAAUCGAUAAAGAUAAAUACGGAAAGCACAUUGAAAACAACAGCGGUAAUUUGUCUUUUUUUUUCGUUUAUUCUUCAGAACAUCAUUUUCACAAUUUUACACUUGAAAUCAAAAUUAAAUUUUCUUCAUAUCAUUAAUUGUACGGACAAGUUACACAUGAAAUAUCAAUUCUCAACGUCACAUAGAUGAACAACAAAAACUAUUUACCUUAGGCGAGUUAUUUUUUUUUAAUUAAAAAAAAAUAUAGUUUUAUCUUUCAUUUUACUUAAUAUAUAAUAUUCAACUCGUACUUCAUUAAAGUUUACCUUGAAAAGAGAUACUUGGGAAUUUCUGAGGCGACUGAUCGAUUGGAAUAUUAUAUUUUAGUAGCGAAGCAAUGAAACAGGUCAAAUUGAUUUUGACUAUUGCCUCUUGAUCGAUGAAUAUCUCAAAAUGCAGAAGAGACGGAAAAUCUUUUGUUACGACUUUUUUGUAGACACAACUGGGAGGUAAAAAAGGUGAUAACGAAAAUUUUGGUAACUCCCUUAGAUUUGUCAAUAUUUCGGGUAAAUGCUGUUAGGUUUCAUGAAGUCUGUGAAAGCGACUUGAACGAUUUUAUCGCUUCGCUACCCAUUUUUCUUGUCGAUUUAAAAAAAAUCGAUUUCUCAAUUUUCCUUUCUCUUUUCAAUGAUUUCUCCCAACCACAGAUUUUCUGUAAGAACACCUAUUUACAUUCUUCGUGUUGAGUUUUAUUUUUUGCAUCAGUAA